GGUAAUUUGCGACUUGUGUCUUAUUAAAAUCGGUCAGAAAACUUAGUUUUAUAAUUAUGAGACAUGCUCAAUUUAUAGCCCGUACCGUACUGGUUCAAAAUAAUAAUGUAGAGGAAGCUUGUCGGCUAUUGAAUCGUAUUUUGGGCAAAGAGGAGAUUUUCGAUCAGUUCCGCCGCACUCGCUACUACGAAAAACCUUAUCAGGUCCGGCGCCGUGUUAAUUUCGAGAAAUGUAAAGCUAUAUACAAUGAAGACAUGAAUCGUAAAAUCCAGCUGGUCUUGCGUAAAAAUCGCGAAGACCCAUUUCCUGGAUGCAGCUAGCCGCACAUUACAACUGUAGUCAAAUAAAAAGUACAUAAGCCAG